AUGCUGGAGGCGAGCAUGACCGAGAAGCAGCUGCGGCGGUUCCUGGGGGUGAUGGUGGACAACCUCGUGGACAGCAACGUGUUUAUGCGGUCUCUGGUUCUAUCGGUGGAGCAGACUAGCGCGGCCCGGCAAGAGUUGCGGGCGGUGGAAGAGGAGGAAGAGGAGGAAGAGGAGGAGGAGGAGGAGAGCGACGGAGAGUCGGGUGUAGGCCCGGCAGCGACAUCGAGAAAGAUAGACCGGCAAGGAGAGGGCGACGGGGAGAGCCCCGAUCACGAGUGUGGCGGCGAUGGUCGUGAUGGUAAUGCUGAGGUUGAACAGGAUGAAGAAGAGCCGUGCUAUCUCGGACACACUUGGUACGACGUGCAGCCGCGGGAGGUGCCGUUGCAGGAGGACAGCGAGGAUAGACAUACGAGUGAGUUCAAGGAGGCCGGAGAAGGGGCGGAGGUAGCCCCGCGGAAGGCGACGGCGGCGGCGGCGGAGGGGGCUGGGAGCAGCAAGACUAACGGGGAGAUGACGCGGCUGCAGCGCUUCCUGAUGCACAACACCCCUCAGUUGGUGCGCGAUCUCAUGUGCGUCGUGAGCCUCGAGACGAUAAACCACGAGAACAUCUGCUGCCUCAACACGGCCGUGCUCAUCCUCAUCUUCGCGUACCGGCGCGGGCAGUUGGCGGAGGUGCUAGAUGCGGUGCGGAAACUCCCGGCCGGAAGAGGCGUGUCCAAAGAGGCAGAGAUUGACUCGGAGUUCGACCUUGAUGGUGACAAGGCCGGGGACGGGGGAAAAGAGGGACUGGCCUGGCCUUCAAGCGUCGGUAAAAGCGGAGGGGAUGGAUGCAACAGCGGCGGCGGCGGCGGUGGAGGUGGCUGCUGCCACCACCAUCCCAUUACUGGCCCGGCUGACGGCAGCGGCGGCGGCGGCGGCGACGGCGAGUCGCCGGCAAAAGAAGGGACGGCCGUGCUUGAAGGCUUCCGGCGAUUGCUGUGGUUCUGGAGCGAGUACUACCUUCGCGGGGGACGGGACCGCCUAAGCCUCGAGUUCUCCACCCACGUCAAGUUCUGGGCUUGGAAGAGGGUGGUUCGGCUGCUCUGCGCCGACGACGGCAGCCCCACGGCACUCGUCAGGGCGCCCCUGAGGCUGCCGCGCUCGCCGUACGACACGGUUCUGCGACAAUCUCCUCCAUCUUUGCCGAAGCAGCAACAUGCACGAGAGCAUGACGAGCUGUAGCACCACCAGCGAUAAUUUUAUUCUUUUGCGAUUGGUGGUGUACUCGGUCGUCGGGUGUAAUUCACCCUUUUUUGUUUUUUUUUAGGCCCCUAGCCUAGAGAAAGAGAAAGAAUGGAGUUUUUUUUUGUCGUCGUUUUUUGCUGUCUGCUUUUGUUUGAGGUCGUCGUUUUUGGAGAGAUCCCAAGGGAGAGAGGAUCGCGGUGCCGGUUUGGCUCAAAUAUUUGCGUUGUGGCGCGUUCGUCAUGGGCCGAACUAUUGACACCGCGGUGUUGGUACUGCUGCUUUGCGUGUCACCGGGAAGGGGAGGGAGGUGGAUGUCGUUGCAUGGGGCUCGUUUCUGAUCGCGCUCGUGUACGGCGCGAUUUUUUCACCGAGACGAUGCGGCCAGAAAAGAAAGUUCUUUUGUUUUUAGCAUUCCAUCCUUUUGUUGACAGGUCAUGCCCCACCCUGCUGGUCGUUGUCUUGGGUGAGCCGGGAUGGGAGCUAAGAAUAUUGCCAGGGGUGAUACUUGGGUCGAAUUUGGGGGAAUCGUUCCUCCCCCCCCCACGUUGUCUCUACCCUUGCGAUGUGUGCUUACGUGUUUCGUUGCGUUGCGUUGUUCAUCCCCCCCCCCCGAGGUCAAUGGUCUAACGACUACGACAUGCACGACUAUUGAGUACCCCCCCCGCCCCCCCCCCAUCCUCCCGCCCGGCUAAUGUUGUUGUGCUCGUUUGAGUCGAAUAGUCUAAUUUAUAAAAUCGUGCGGUUGGCGUGUGUGAUGACUACUGUCAAGCACGGAAGGAGCAACAAGCUCUCUCCCAAUAUUACCCCGGUGAUGAUACUGACUGCUGUAAUGACUACACAUUAUGCGUGGUCCCUUCCCAAGGUGACGGGGCGUCACUCUCGCUCCACCAGUAUACACCAGUUCACUGGUUGUGUGCAGAAGGGUUUGUUUUUGGAAGUGGGCACCAGUCGAGGAACUAGUCUAACGCGCUUGGACUCAAACCACACGGUCAUAUGAGGCAGAUUACGGAGGUCAAUUUGAGGGUAGUCAUCACUGUGUAACAGGGAGAGCCGGCUCACUCCUGUGUGUGUUUGGUGUGUGUCUAUUCUUACGGGUUAGUGUAGUAUCGCGUUGCAAGCACCCUGGUACAGCACCUCUCUACUUAGUCGUAUGUAGGGUGCUCGCUGCGUUGUAUUUUUCAAAGAGAAUCAUCGUUGAC